CACACCCUGCAAUCAAGCUUUUCUCUCUCCUCAAGAAUUCAUCUGCUCCGCCACUUCCAAAUCUCCGAUUGAAUCUUCCCUAGGCAACAAGACCCCACCCAAGCUUCGUGAUGACUUCUAUCUCUGAGAUCCCUCAGGUAAGUAAUCUUUUAUCCUCCUCCUCACGCUGUCAUUUUCGAUCUGUGGCAUACAAUCGUUCUUACCUCCUUUACCGCCAUGGCUCUUAGGCCCUUAGGAGUUCCACCAUCAUCCCCUUCUCCGAACAACCCGGCAUGAUCUGUUUGGGUCCUAUGGGCAACCCUGACCCAACUAGUAUAAUCAAUCUGGAAACCGGUAGAAUCCCCCAUAAGGCUUCCAACAUGACCUUAGAUUGGUCCCAGGCUUUCAGAUCUUGGCUGAACGUUACCCCCGGGUGGAGGAAUUGGUUUCGCAGAGUAGCAAAUGCUCAUUGGGCCGUCUGGGAACAAUAUGACAUUAGCCAGUGUCUGGAUUUAUCUUUAUCUGAGAUGAUCAAGAAUGAGCCGAUGCUUAUAUCGGCUUCCUUCUUCUGGUCUGAUGCUAUCAAUGCCUUCUUGUUUGGUCAUGGCCCAAUGACCCCAACUUUGUUAGAUGUCAUGAUGCUGACUGGCCUAAACAUUUCUGCCUUCGAUUGGUCCUUCGACUUUCUGGAUAAAGCUUCCUUCAGAAUAGAGGCUAGGACCAUCGGCGGGUGGAAAGGGUACAUCACCAAGAACACGAAAACCGGCUGUAUCAUUCAGAGAGCACACAACCUUCCUCAACAUGUGGCUCGAGAAGAUCAUCUUCUGUGGAAAAAUAGCCGGCCCAACAAAUAAUACCCUCGAGAUGGCCGAAACCUUAGCGGGUGGAAAUCCAGUCCCUCUUGGAAAACACCUCCUUGGAUCGGUCUACCACCUGCUUCAUCAGGUAUCGGUCAAACUUAGGGCCAAUCAACCGAUUUCUAACCUUAGAGGCCCCUAGUGGUUUAUCCAAUUAUGGUUGAACAUGUAUAUGCAUAAGACCAUGGGAAUUAAGCUGUAAGAAAUAUCUUUCCCAUCAGAAUAAUUUGCCGAAGGAAGAAGAGAUAGUCACGCGCCGAUGUACUUCAUUCGGUGAAGUAGCCAAAAUGAUUGCCAAUGACUCCAACAUCUUUGGCAAAACUGAUUUCUUCAACUGCUUUUACAAUGGGUUCACCGAGGACUCCACCAUUUGGUUUGCAUACCAUGAUGACAACAAGAAAUAUGAGAAUCCAUUCAAGUUCCAUCUUGACUCUUGGAAGGAUGAUGAAGAAGCCACCAGCAUUAUGAAAGAAAUCAUCUCUCCAAAAAUUCUUCCUGCCAAUUUCACAUCUGGAAAAAGUCCUAUUGGCUAUGAGUUCUACUAUCCAUCAGUGGUAGCCAGGCAAUUGGGAUUUAUCCGAGUACCACCCCUUCUUUACUUUGCCGAUAAAGUCCAAGCUAGGAACACGAUCGACAAUGCCCUUGCCUACAACCGGCUGAAAGGUUUGGAACCAAGGCACUAAUGAUGAGGCCGAAAGUGCCACUCCUUCAACAAUCAGCAAAAGCGGACAUCCGAAUAACUAUGCCCCACCAACCAACUAUCCUCUCAUCGAAUAGGACGCACCAUCCUUAGCUGAUGUUGCCGCUGGUAAGAAGCGUAAGAUGACUAGCACCAAGAAACCGGCCCGCAAGACCCCAGGUUCUUCCAGCCAAACCUUGGCCAUCACAUCAGCACUAGAUGCCGAUGCACCAACAAAUGCCUCCUCCUCUUCAUCAGAAGACACAACUGUCGAUCCAUCCACAGAAGCAGAUGAGGAGGAUAUCCCAGAGAUCAUCUCCCAAACAUCUCCAAAAGUUCAGAUUCAAUGCCUUCCUUCUAAGAGGGCCAGAAUAACUUCUUCGUCAGUUCAGGGAACGACAAUCGGCAUGCAAGAGUCGCCGAUCAUACCACAGGAUAUUCCUGUUGACACCGGUAUCCCAACAUUGUCACUCAGGUCUUCCUCUGCACCGAACGCUGAUGAAACUCGUCUGAAAUAGGUGAUGCCGUCUCCUUAACAGAUCUUUCAAACUAAGAGGCAACAAUCUAAUUAAUCAUCUUUCUUAUUCGUCAGGCACAGGACAGUCCGGAUAAUAGCCUAUUUUCCUUCUAGCUUGGAAUAACUACAGGAGAGGAUGAAGCUAUAUCAUCGACAGAAUCAUCAGUGCUAUCAGAAGACAUCAAGGCCAAACUCCAAGAAAUUCUACAACUUCUGAAUCAGGACAUUGGCCAACUUGUCCAGGAUGCUGAACCAAUUCGUAUCAUCCUAAAAUCUCUGAAAGGCAGCCUCCCAAAAUCUCUCGAAGAAGCAUUGAACCCUGCUGCAUAUAUCGAGAGCCAUCAGAUUCCAGUCCUUAGGGCUCAGAAGCAUCUUUCUGAUCAGCUCCAUCAAGAGCAAACGAUCAAACAGAGGGUCGACCUGAAAAGUUUUGCAGAAGAGACUCAUGGAAAGGUCGUCUCCUUGACCCAGUCCAAAGCAGAAAUGGAGCAAUCCAAGAGAGACUUAGAGGCCAAGUGAGAAUGUCUCGCCAAAGAGCUGGAACAAGUAGAUCAAGAGAUUGCCGAUGUGAACAACAAACUGUCUCAGCUUCCAUCUGCACUUCAACAGCUCGAAGCAGAGAAACACGAGCAAGCUCACCAAGCCUAUCAGCUUCAUAAGAGUCUUCAACCAAUCCCUGGUUCUGUUGAAGCUGAUAACAAGGAAGUCCAGGAAGCUAAUAAUAUUCGCCUGUAUGCGAUAGUGGAGAUCCAAAGUGCUCUCGGAUCAUUGUAACAUGCUCCCUAUCCUUCUGUGGUGAUGCCGAAAUUUUAGCCAAUGUAAUGUAAACAAUGCUAGUCAUCAACUCCAUAACAUUUUGUCUCAUAACGCACA